ACUAUUUUGAUUUUUAAGUUAGUGUUCACUGUAUCCAGGAGGUAAAACUUAGAUUUAUAUUUCUGUUACAAUAAAUUUUAAUGAAUUAACUACAAUUUAAUGGAUUAGCUACAAAGAAAAUAAGAUAACGAAAUAAUCAAAAAAGAUAUUAAAACCUUUACCUCUUUCAAAAAACUUUAUAUAUGUAUAUAUAAAUUUCCUACUCAAGUGUCCACCCAAUAGUGUUGGAUUUGCCACAUUUAUCACAUUUUACUUGCUAAAACAAAAAAAAAUGUCCAAAAAUUGCAAGUACUAUUAAUUUAAAGCUGACUAGGAACAUGUUUUUAACCGCAUUCAAAAUUCUAACCGCAUUCAAAAUUCGAACCGCAUUCAAAACUCUAGCUUGGAUAAUAUCCGGGUUUUUUUAAUACUUUGUUUCAUAAACUUUAUUAAAAAUGAAGCAAUUUAUUUCUUUAAGCAUAAAACUUAAGCUUAGAUAACAGUCGAGAAGUUAUUAAAAGCAGUUUAUUGAAGUCUUUUUUUAGUAGAUCCUUAACAAAUCUCGCAUGCUUUGUAUUGCUUUAACGAGAGAAAAAAAUUAUCAACGGUAUAUUGUUAAAAAGAUAUCGUUAUCCUGAUUAGAAUUAGACGUUAUGCUAAAUUUAAACAAUGAAGAAAUAGAUAUAAAGAAGGAGAAAUAAUGAUCAAAACAAAAACAACUAAACGUUCUGUACGCGUUUUGAAGCUAACAUUUUUUAAAUGGAUGCAGUGAAAAGUACUUUACUCAUUAUUAGUUCCUUAGCAAUAACUACAAACGUCAUUUCUGUUUAUAUACUUUAUAAAAAACGCGCAAAAAACAACUAUGUUAUUCUGUGUAUCAAUUUGUCUUUAAGUGAUUUAUUGCAAAGUAUUGCAGGAUAUAUACCAUCAUUUUUCCUACAACCAAAUUUAAAAACGGCUACGGCGAUGUGUAAAUCAUCUGCUUUUUUUGUUGCUUUUCCGUCAUAUACAACAAUUGCAACGCUUACUGCAAUCGCCCUUUCAAGAUUUUUGCUACUAAGUACACGUUAUAAUAGUAACCAAGUAAAUUACAAAAAGCUUUUCAUAAAAAUUGCAACACUUUCAUGGAUUUAUGGAUUUACUUGGGCUGUUCUGCCACUUGUAGGAUUUUCUUCGUACACACUAGAAGAUACACACACUCGAUGUGCAAUUAAUUUUUCACCUAAAACUAGAGUUGAAAAAGCCUAUUUUAUCUCUUUGUUUCUAGGCCUAAAGCCAGAAACAAAGAGAUACAAAGAAAAAGAAAAGAAAGCGUUUUCGUCGUUUUUACUAAUGGUGCUGUCGUUUAUAAUCUGUUGGGCACCUUACGCAACAAUAGGUGUAUUAUCGGGAUUUACAUCAACUAAAAUACCAAAAUUGCUUAUUGAGAUAGCUGCUCUUUUUGCAAAAUUGGCUGCUCUAGUGAACCCGUUUAUUUACUUUUGGAAAGAUUCUUUACUAAAAAAAGUUUUCAAAAUUAAAAUGACGCAAACAAAAAACUUAAGUUGAAAUCUGAAAUGAUUAGUGAAAAAAUCAAAAAAAAUUUUCACGGUUCACUGUACCAAAAUACUGCUUUUCAACCAGGUAAACCUUUAAAACGAUUUGCAAAGACACACUCCAAUUGGAAUCCCACGCUAAAAAUGGACUAUAAAAACAAGUGUCAAUAAUGAAAGAUAAAAGGUAAAAGGGUAAAAUAGCGACAAAAAGCUGGUGUUGUGGAAACUGAAGAAAUAUUUGCUAAUGAAGAAAUAUUUACUAACUGACUGAAGAAUGCCGUCAGUGGCAUCAAUAUUAGUGGAAAUAAUGAGCAUAGCAACAAAUGUACAAUUAUUAUGAAGAUAACUACCAUAGACACUCAACCAGGAAACAGUAAGACGUUAUAAACGAAUCAAAUGAACUAUUUUUAAUCAAGCGAAGCGUUUGAUUAAAAGAAGUAUAAAACGUUUAAACAGACAAACACGAUUAUAAACUAUUAGAGCAAGAUGCGUCAAUCUUCAAGAAUAUAUAAAAAGAAUAUAUAAAAGGGGACAUAUUAUAUAAUGAUAAUGUAAUAGAUAAUUUGUAGUGAAGGAGAGAAAAGAGGUGAGAAAGUAGAGAAACAAAUAGAACUUUAAAGGCUUUAAAUAUAUGGACUUUAUAAGUGAAGAAUUAAAUAAGUUAAAUAUUUUAGAGCUAAACAUUUACGAUCAUAUUAACGGAAUUAGUAGCAAUUUAUGUUAUUUGGAUAAUAUAUGUAUUAUUAGGGAAUAUACUAUAAAUAACUGGUAGUAGUUAUUUGAAACAUUUAUCAGGAAGUUUUUUUUUUUUGUAUUUUAUUACAAUAUUUAAGAUGCAUUACAAAUAUAAACAAAAGAGAAACUAGAAUUAAUGUGAAUGGUUAAUUCAAAGGAAAUGAAACUAGUCUCGUUUCACAAUCGAUUUCAAUGUGGAACUAAACGAUAUGGAUAAACACAAAGUGACGUGUCAGCAAACAUGGUUGAAUCGUUGAACGUAAAUUAUUAGGAAAAGAUUUACUAGUUAAAUAAAGAACUUAGCCUUAAUAAAAUUGGAAACAUAGAAUGGUUUGCUACCAAUAGCAAAGUGGCAUUUUGUACUAGUUUAAUAAAUAUUAAAAUGUUCAUAA